GCGCGAACUCGUGUCGGAUCGCUUGUACGUUUUUUAUUUAAAACGCAGUUAACAUUAUCAAUUGGUCAGAUGAUGUCGUUCGUCUGCAAAUCGCACUGUUUACUAAAACUGGAUUCUGAACGAAUAAAACAGAAGUGAUAAUUCGGAUUCCUUUUAACGAAAAAUUUUGUGGUUGAUUUUAAAAAAAAAGGUUAUUAAAAUAAUAUAAAAAUGAAAUGUGAAAUACCGGAAUUGGGGAGGUGUUGCUUCUGUUUCCCUUUAAGGCUCGGGCUACUGGUUUGGGGUUAUGGGAAAUUAAUAGCAAGUGUAGUACUGCUGAGUUUGAUUUUGAUAAAUCUAAUAAGCGAUUGGUAUCGUUUUUGGACAACUGUUGACCUGGCCUUUGCGAUUAUUUACUUAACAUUCAUAGGGUCAGUGGCAACGGAUGUCGUGUUUCUCAUAAUAUUUGCUGUUAGUGCACACAAGAAAAAUUUCAAAUUAAUGGAACUGUUUUCUAAGUUUUGUUUGUACAUGUUAGCAGUGUACAUUCUAGGUUUUGUUCUUUCCAUUGUGUAUGCGACUUCCGAAAGUCAUUUCAUCUCGUUUUACAUCGAAUUUACACUUGCGACGAUAAGCUUCUCCUGUAUCGUUAUCCAAAUGUAUAUUGUGAUCCUUGUAAGAAGUGAAGUGUUGAAGCUGCAGAGAAGUACGAACUUCGAAUUCGUCAAUCACGGCGCUGACGCAAUCAUCAAUGUGAAGAUGGACUGCAAUGCUGCCUAAUAAUAAUAUAAUUAUUUAUGUGAAGAAAAUUGUCCUUAAUACGUAUACAAAUAAGGGCUACACCAAUUUAUUUACCUGUGUAAGCACCAUGUGUGCUUGUCCGCACACAGACACAGUUAAAUAUUUGUUCAUUAAUAUUUUACAAAAAAAAAGUUUGACAAAUGAUCAUUUUCAAAAUUUUUUUUAGAAAAUAGUCAGUGUGUCUAGUGCGAGUUUUUUUACUUAUUCCAUAGUCAUUAAUUCGAACGUUAAUUUCGAUUUGUAUGGAAUGAAAACAGCGCCAUCUAGUGACAAUAACAACAAGGCACACAGGUGACAAGCAUCUUAUUCUACAAACGUAUCGUUUUAUAAAAGACCAUUUGUCAAACACUGCAUUCGCAAAAUGCCUGACCUAACCUAACCAAUAUUAAUAUUAAAUCAAUUAUUUGCCAAAUUACAUUUUAUGAUUUUUUUAUCUGUUUUUUAAUUAUUUUUUUUCAUUCUUGUAUAAACAUAAAAUUCAUAAUUUUACUUAAGCUUGAUUUUAAAAUAAAAAAAUAUUUAUUUAUGUAAUGAUUCUGUCAUUAAUACCUGUCUAAUUAUAAUCUCAUUACACUAAGUAAAGAAAUAAGGCUUAACCUAGCAGACUUAUCAAGCUAGUCUUUGUAAUGUAGUAUUUAUAAAGUUAAGUUUACUGAAGCUGCGGUAGCCAUAUAUGAUUUGGGACUUUCUUCUCAUUAGUGACUCUCUUUAUACUUUAAUGAAUGAUUUGUGUAUUGUAUAGGUUAAGAAAUGAUGGGGCUUACAUGUUCAAAUGGACAAAAGUCUCAAAAAAACGAAGAUUAAAAAAAAGUUAAGCUUAGUCGUCAAUUAAGUAUAUAAUAUAUAAUCGUAUUAACCAAUAGUAUUUUCUUUGCUUAUACCUUUUUAUUGAUGGUUAAAUAAUAACAUCAUAAUAUAGGCAAUAUUAUGUAUUUAUUACUUUUUUGUAAAUAAAACAGCCCCCCGCUUUUAAUGAAAGUCUUAUAUUAUGAUGUAAUUAAUUUAUAUUUAAUGAAUUAUAUGUUUUAGAGAUGAUUUGUGAUCGUUAUAAAUAUAGUUCAAAUUAAAUUUUGUCAAAGAUAAAAACCAAAUAUUACUUUCAUGACAAUUCUAAAUUAAAUUAUCCAGCCAUUUUCAAAAUCCCAAAUAAACGGAAAAAGUUUAAAAAAAUACAGAUAUAAUGUUCCUACAAUCAAAUAAAACGAAACACAUUUUUCCCACUCUCCAAAUAUUCUACCCCCAAUUAGUAAUUGUAUUACUGUCGUUUUAAUCCAGCUCAAUAUAAGGUAUGUGUGCAUAAUAUAACGCGAUGCAUUGAUGACGUAGGGGUUGUUGUAUAAAUAAUCUUAACUAUCUAGUAACUCUUCUAUCGAGAACAUUUUAUUUAUUUAUGUUUUUAAUUUGACACGACCCUUGAAAAUAUAAUGUUGUUUACAUUAUAUUCACAGAACAUAUAAUAAAUACACCAGUAGAAGUAAUAAAUUUUAUUUUUCAUUAAUUUUAUAUAUCUUUAAUAUAAUAAACUUAUGAGACCUUUUA